AUGGUGACUGCCCUGCUGCUGCUCUGGGCACUGGCUGGCCUCUUCGGGGUGGCAGAGGGACAAGCGUUCCACCUUGGGAAGUGCCCAACUCCUCCGGUGCAGGAGAAUUUUGACGUGAACAAGUAUCUUGGAAGAUGGUAUGAAAUUGAGAAGAUCCCAGUGAGCUUUGAGAAGGGAAGCUGCAUCCAAGCCAACUACUCACUAAUGGAAAACGGAAACAUCAAAGUGAUAAACCAGGAGCUGAGAUCUGAUGGAACUGUGAAUCAAAUCGAAGGCGAAGCCUCACAGAGCAACUCUACCGAGCCCGCCAAGCUGGGAGUAAAGUUUUUCUGGUUGAUGCCUUCCGCUCCGUACUGGGUCCUGGCCACCGACUAUGAGAACUACGCCCUCGUGUACUCCUGCACCACAAUCGUCUGGCUGUUUCAUGUGGAUCAUGUUUGGAUCUUGGGAAGAAACCCUUAUCUCCCUCCAGAAACAGUGACCCAUCUGAAGGAUAUCCUGACCUCUAAUAACAUUGACAUCGAGAAAAUGACCAUCACAGAUCAGGGGAACUGCCCCGAGUUCCUGUAA